UAGCUGCUCAAGCAGGAAUCAGAGUGGAUACUGUAUCCCUGGCACAGCUGACUGGCAGUGCCAAAUGUUGGCAUGGCUUUCCCUACUUCCAUUCUCAUCAUGCAGAUGGCACUCUGGACCCUGUUACUGGUUGCUGACUGGUGCUCUGGUCUUCAUGCUGAAUCCAUCUUGACUCCUGGUUUGCCCAUAACGAGCAUGUCUGCCAGUCACAUGGAGGAGAAAGGUUUGCAGAUGAUGCCUCAGUCAUCAGGAACCUUGUGUGACUUUGAAGCACAUUGUCAAUGGAUGUCCUCCAUGGCGGAGGAUGGCAGCCCGCACUGGGUACAAACCGUGAUCGGAGCGUUGCCGAUACAACAGCAGAUACGGCUCCUGGAAGAAAGAUCGGGAAAAGGCAUUCACGAAGGAGUGCUUGUUCUCAAUGUGAGUCGGACCUCGGAAACCUGCCGUGAGCCUCAGCUGCUCAGCCCCGUUUUUCCUGGAAGCUCUCGGACCUGUUUCCUUGAAGUAGCCGUUUAUAAUCCGGUUGAUUCGCUGUCUGACGUAUUGAGCGUAAUGAUUCAGAGCGCCAAAGCAAAUUUCAGUCCACCAGCACUUCAUCAGAAGGAGGCGGAUUCCACUGCAAGAUUAUCCAACUGGAAGUCUCUGUCGUGGGAGAUUGGGGAAAUAAAUGAACCUUUUCAGAUCUCUCUGCGUUCUACGUCCUGCGGGCUGAACGAAGAUAAACUUCUAGCUCUGGAUUCCCUGAACCUCAGAAACUGCUUUGAAGGAAUUAAAGAGGACGAUUUGUUUCAUUGCCGAGAGACGUCGUACUUCCUCUGUGAAAAUGGGGAUUGUAUCAAUCAGCGGCGGCUUUGUGACUUUCACAAGGACUGCGCAGGAGGGGAAGACGAAGAUUCUCUAUGUGAUGAUGUCCUUCCUUUCGGCUCCCAUUGCUCCUUUGAAGAAGGGACAUGUGGGUGGACUUUGCGUGGUUCUGCGGGAUCAUCGUGGAUACGCACUAACUCUGCAGAGAUAAAUCCAGAAGAUCCUCGGAGUGUCCCACUCCAAGCUACAGGAGGUCAGUUCCUGUACCUGCCAAUACACACUACUCAUAGCGUUGGAGACGCCAUGCUGUCAAGUGGAAGGCUGCCUUCGGUGUUAUCAAAAUCAUGCCAGUUCAGUUUUAACCUUUUUGUGAGUGGCACGUUGAAUGGGUCCCUCGUACUUUAUGCCAUGGAUGACAGCUCUCUGGAGGACACUGUGAAACUUUGGGAACAAUCUGGAUCUCCCAAUGACUUGUGGUCUACAGUAAACCUUGACGUUCCAUUGACCCAAAACCGAUUUCGGCUGCAGUUCUUGGUAUCGUGGGGCUGGAAUUCCAUGGUACAUCUUGCUGUAGAUAAUCUUCGCUUUUCUGUGGAUUGCUUCCAUGCUGGAAGAAUCGAAAUCAGAAACGGAACACAUGGACCUCUGCUUGGACUGUAUCCAGAGGAAGAUUUCCACCUGACUCCGCUGUCUGAGCCUUUUCAUUCCGAGGAGAUGGAAUGGUGGUUUGGUCCUUGUGGUGCAAGAGGACCUCAUGGUCCAACUCAAUCUCAAUGUGAUAACGCGUACCGGAACUCCAACGUGUCUGUGGAAGUAGUGAAAGACGGCCCAUUAGAAGGAAUACAAAUGUGGAAGGUCCCAUUCACCGAUGUUUACAAGAUCUCGGCGUAUGGAGCAGCUGGUGGCAAAGGUGCAAAAAACAGUAACAAACGCUCCUUCGGUGUCUUCAUGUGCGCCGUAUUCCAACUGCAGAAGGAUGAGAUUCUCUAUAUCCUGGUGGGACAGCAAGGAGAGGACGCCUGCCCCGGGAAAAAUAAAGUGACUCAUGAAAUCUGCAUGGGGAUAUCUUCACUGAUCGAGGACGAAGAUCGAGAGAACAGAUCUCUGUCAGACUGGGCUGGUGGUGGAGGUGGUGGUGGCGGAGCAACGUAUGUUUUUAAGAAAGAUGAAAAUGGCAGAUUUAUUCCACUGCUGGUUGGAGCUGGUGGAGGAGGUAAAGCCUAUCUUCAACAUCCAGAAGGCUUCCCAGACGUUGAGAAACCAGAGCAGUUUAACAACAGCACGUCAGUUCUUGGGCUCAAUGGCAGAUCUGGAGCAGCAGGUGGUGGCGGUGGGUGGAAUGAUAUCACGGAGCUGCCGUGGGCUGGGCGAUCACUGUUAGAAGGAGGCACAGGGGGUCAGUCAUGUUACCAAGCCCUGGCCAAACUCCAGUGGGAAACGUCCGGUGGAUUUGGUGGAGGUGGAGGAGCCUGCACGUCUGGUGGGGGCGGAGGGGGAUAUCAAGGUGGGUUUUCCUCCCAAUUUGAUGACAUCUAUGCAGAUGGGGAGAAUGGAGUAUCAUUUUUUCACCAGUCUGGAGAAAUGUUCAUCAACCCCUUGGCCGCCGUGGAGAGUGAUGGUGAAUUACGAAUCGAGCUCUAUUUAAACUGUAGCCACUGUGACCACGGGAGCUGCAUGAGACACCCAAUCGAUAAGAAAGCCGUGUGCAUCUGUCACUUUGGGACAGUCCUGGCCCAGGAUAACACUACGUGUAUCGCUCCUAAUUGGCUUGUUGCAGACAGACCCCUCCCACUGCGUCUUAUUUUAGCUGUUAUCGCCACGGUGGUUCUUGGCCUAAUAUUUGCCUGUGGAAGUCUGUCAUUUGUUUAUCACCGGAAGAAGAAGCAGCUGGAAGGGGCCCGCGUGCGUUUACAGAGUACGGAGUAUAAACUGAGCAAAAUUCGAAGUUCCAUCAUCAUGACCGAUUAUAAUCCCAACUACUGCUUUGCGGGGAAAGGAGCUGGCUUGAGCGAACUAAAGGAAGUCCCACGUAAAAACAUCACUUUGCUCAGAGCGCUUGGUCACGGUGCGUUUGGAGAAGUAUAUGAAGGCUUGGUGGUGGGGAUUUCUGGGGAUCCCAAUCCGUUACAAGUUGCGAUCAAGACUUUGCCCGAAAUCUGCUCAGAACAGGACGAGAUGGACUUCCUAAUGGAAGCGCUAAUAAUCAGUAAAUUUAGCCACCAGAAUAUCGUGCGAUGCAUUGGGGUAAGCCUUCAGACUCUCCCACGAUUUAUUUUACUUGAGCUGAUGUCCGGCGGAGACAUGAAAAGUUUCUUAAGACAGAAUCGGCCAUUGGUGACUAAGCCUUCCUCUUUAACCAUGCUCGACCUGCUGAACAUGGCCCGGGAUAUAGCGUGCGGCUGUAAAUAUCUAGAGGACAACCAGUUCAUCCACAGGGAUAUUGCUGCCAGAAACUGCCUUCUGACCAACAGUAGCACUGGGCGUGUGGCCAAAAUCGGUGACUUUGGAAUGGCUCGUGAUAUUUACAGAGCAAGUUAUUACCGUAAGGGAGGGCGAGCCAUGCUGCCAGUAAAAUGGAUGCCCCCGGAGGCUUUCCUAGAGGGGAUCUUUACCUCGAGGACAGACACCUGGUCCUUCGGGGUGCUCCUAUGGGAGAUCUUCUCGCUGGGUUACAUGCCGUAUCCAUGUAAAACCAACCAAGAAGUUCUAGAGUUUGUUACAAGUGGGGGACGUAUGGAUCCCCCAAAAAAGUGCCCGGGGCCUGUCUAUCGGAUAAUGACACAAUGUUGGCAGCAUACGCCAGAUCAUCGUCCCAACUUCUCAACCAUCAUGGAGAGGAUCAUAUAUUGCACACAGGAUCCAGAUGUGAUAAAUACAGAGCUCCCGGUAGAGAGUGGCCCGACCUCCGACGAUGAAGGGAACACAAUAAUGAGGUCCAACAGCUGCAAUGGCUUGACACCUCUUGUAAGCAACCCUUCUCUUUUGGAUACACAGACCAAAGAACAUCAACUUGGAGACUUUCCUCAGGAGUUACUGGUGGAAAAUUUGGUGGGUUGGAACAUCAGGUCUCCGAACCUGCAAUGCAUUACAGAAUCUACAGAAGAGUCGUGGAUUCCAUCGUCUCCAAUCUCCACCACAGAGGCAAAGCCCCAGGGGGCACAAAAACUAAAAAACAAAACCAAAAACCUUUGGAACCCAACAUAUGGCUCUUGGGUUAUGGAGAGUACCUGUUGACUCAGUGACAUCCUAGCAGAACCUCAGGUUGGAAAGACUCAGGUUUGGACCUCGAGUGUGUGGGGACUCUAACUAAAGAGGGUAUUUUUAGCAUUUCCAAAGAAAACUCAACGCUCCUUUUUAGGAUAAAACAUUAAAACCUCAAACACUGCCAUGUGUAGCACUGUGAACAUAUGAUAGACUGAACAAUGGCCAGAAGUCACAGGGAUAGAUAUAUUUUUGUUUUGGAAGCUAUAUGAUUUGAUUGGCAAUAAUGUCCGAAAGAAACAAGAAGUGACUCUUCAUUAAUCUCCCGGAAUCUACUUGGGAUCGCUGUUCAUUGCUUUCUCAUAUAAACUCGCUCUUAAGACUUUGGUAAAAGCCUCAGUUUACAUUAGUCAAUGUUAUUGCAUAAGCUAGGAGAUGCAGAUAUUCAAAUAGGAAUGAAAUCAUUUACUGGGGGGAGGUGGGGGAGAGUUAUUUGCUAAAUUGGAAACUGACCAUUUUAGGACAAAAUAAUUUAAGUAGUAAUUACACAGAACUGGAUAUCUGCUUAAUCUGUCUGUUCUUCAGAAUGAAUAUGUACAAUAGAAUAGGUCUGCAUCUCUAACCCAAUAAGACG